UUUUGACAUCUCUGCAUACUCUGCACAGAUUCAAACAGACUUCUAGAUUUUUUUUAUGGUCUUCGUUCUGAACUGGUUCUCUACGGUGUAGUGGUUCAAAUCAUGUUGUUUGCUAAGUCUUUUGUUAUACUCCUCUUAGUGGAUAUGUCCCAUGCUGCAGAAAAGGAAGAUUCUGGAAAGAAGGAUGGUUGUGUGUAUGGACACCCUGGAAUACCAGGCACCCCUGGAUACAAUGGAGUGCCAGGACGUGAUGGACGAGAUGGAGCCAAAGGUGACAAAGGGGAUCCAGGUUAUCUUGGGACCUGUGGAGCUGCAGGGAAAGAGGGACCAAAAGGAAAUAAAGGAGAACUUGGUGCUCCGGGCACAGACGGAAUUAAAGGACGGCGUGGAGACAGUGGAGAGAGGGGCCCACCUGGUAAAAUGGGGCCUCAAGGGUUCCCAGGCCCACAUGGUCUUAAAGGUGAGAAGGGAGAGGUAGGACUGCCUGGGCCCCAGGGUAUCAAAGGGGAUGAGGGGCCUCAGGGACCUGAGGGCCCUCAAGGAAUCAUUGGGUACCAGGGAGAAAAAGGCUUCCCAGGCGCUAUGGGUUCCCCAGGAAGACCUGGUCCUAAGGGGGACAUUGGCCCUCCAGGUCACAGGGGCACUAUUGGCUACCGUGGUGACAAAGGGACAAAGGGGGAAACUGGAGAAAAGGGGUCCAAAGGAGACAUGCCUGAAAUCCCCAAGAGUGCUUUUUCUGUUGGGCUGACUGUGCAAACCAAGCUACCUGCCAGUAAUGCUCCCAUACGUUUUGAUAAAAUCAUCUACAACCGGCAGAACCACUACAACCCGCAGAGUGGUCGCUUUACUUGUGCAGUCACUGGAGCUUACUACUUCACCUACCACAUCACUGUUUUUUCCCGAAACGUCAGGGUGGCUCUCAUGAAGAAUGGUCAGAGUAUGAUUUACACCAUGGAUAACUACCAGAACAGUGAGGACCAGGCAGCAGGGGGUACAGUGCUUCACCUAGAGGUUGGGGACAAGGUAUGGCUUCAGGUGUCUGGAGGACAGCUCUUCAAUGGACUCUACGCAGACGAUGAUGAUGACACAACAUUUUCUGGUUUCCUUCUCUUUGCUGAGUGAUAAUUAGAUUUUAGGUAUAACUUUGUAGAUUAAUCCAAUUUUAAGCAAUAAACAGCUCCCUAAAUGGUGUAAUGCAAACAAAUUGAUUUGCUACAUACAUUCUAAAUAAUAAUUGUUCUUACUAAUAAUAAAAAAUAUUGCCUUUCUAUCAUCUGUUUUUAUAUCCAGCACUUUUGUUUGUUUGCUAGUUUGUUUUUACUGGUCAAAUUUAAUUUGCUGGGUAAGUUAUACAAUUGGUGUUAUUUUUCAAAAUAACUCUGUUCAAAUGCAAAUAUAGAAAGGUCCACAAACCAGUACAUAGUUUUGGGUCGUUCACUGUCCUCUUGGAGGCAGACGACGAAAAACACCGGACAGCUUGUCCGCUCCGCCCCCAGUACAGUCACAGCAACA